AUGCCCUUCACGCAGAGCAUCGCGCAAUGUCGACAGAGACUUCUUGGAAGCCUUUGCGACACGAUUCGCGGUGAUGUUGAAGGCCCGUGUACUACAGCAGGCACGCGGCCGGACAUUCGUCUGCGCGUCAUGUCGGCAACAGCUCUCAGCGUCGAUACGGCAAACGACACAUCGCGAGGCGGCGGCAUUCGCGGCUCGACCACGGCCCAGCCGUUUGCCACAGCUAGAAUCUCUCUCUCCGCGACACUUCUCGACGACCACGUUGCGCCGCGAUGA